ACUUUUUUUUUUUUGUUUUAGCUCUUAUGCCAAAAUAUGUAAGUGGUAUAACUUUGUUGAAAAAUCAAAUUGUAGUGCUGUUGUCCAAAAAAAUUCUUUAUUCCUUAAGAAGAUGGUUUCUUACUUUAAUAUUUGGUAUUCUUCCAUUACUUAUAGCUUAUCUAACCUUAAAUUCAAGUUAUGACUUAUUUAAAGCUUCAAGUCCCCCUAAAAAACUGCAUUUGGCAUUAGAUGCUUAUGAAGAUAGUGAUGUUUAUUAUCAUGUUGGAGAAAAUUCAACUAAUAAGUUGGAAUCUCGUUUUGCAUCUAUUUCAACAAUGUAUCAUGCCACUGUUACUGAGCUUUCUUCUGAUCAAAAUUUAGUAAAUUACUUGCUAGAACUAUGUUCAAUGGAUGUCUUUAAAUAUAGAUCAAAAGUUAUGAUUGCUGGAGAUUUUAAUGAAACACAAACAACUGUUAUUUAUAAUAAUAUAGCCUAUCACACUCCAGGUAUUGCUGUAAAUAUGUAUUCUAAUGCAUUGCUGCAAAAACUAUCUGGAAAUAAUGAAUCAUCUAUAUCAGUUAUAAAUGAACCCAUUCAAAACGAAGAUAAGAGUAUUUGCGGAAGUAACUUUGUUUUGCAAUUAACAAUAAUAUGGCUUACUAUGUUUUCUUCUGGAGUUUUAUAUUUCAUAUGUUAUUUUAUUGCAUUACCUUUGAAUGAAAGAGUUAGUGGUAUUAAACAUUUACAAAUUAUGUCAAAACUAUCUCCUAUUACGUACUGGAUUUCAUGUUUCAUAUGGGAUUAUAUUUGUUAUUUUAUUGUUAUAAUUACUACUAUGGUAGUAAUAUACCUCUUUGAUGAAUAUCAUAUUUUUAGUGGAAAAAAUGAGUUUGGUGCUCUUUUCAUAAUAUUUAUUGCAUAUGGUUGGAGUUCAAUAUUUUAUGCAUACUCUUUCAGUUUUUUUAAAAAAACCUUGAUUUCUUCUAUAUCUUUAUUCAUAGCCAUAAAUUUAAUAUUGGGGAUGAUAGUUAAUUCUAUGCUGUUGGUUGCAAAAUUAACUGGGUUGUCUGAAACUCAUGAUAGCUCAUUUUCAUUUUGGUAUAAUAUUAUCCGGUAUGUGAUUUUGUUAGUGCCACAUUUUUCAUAUACUGCUUGCAUUGUUGGUUUUGUUUCUAUUUCAUGGUCAAAUAAUAUGUGUAAACUCUGUAAGACACCUGAUGCCCAUGAAGCAUGCAGUGGUUCUGAUUCAAAGAUGAAACAAUAUUUUGAAUUUGCUUCUAAAAAUAACUCGUAUGCUAUUUUAGAAGAGCUUUUAUUUUUAAUUUUUAGUAGUUUAAUCUACAUUGCAUUCAUACUUUUAAUGGACUAUAAAGUAUUUUCUACUUGUUACCAAUUUAUUUUCAAUAAAAUUGUUGGUUCUGGAGAAAGCUACAAAGAUGAUAAUGAAGAUCCUGAUGUUGGUGGUGAAAGAGAUAAAGUUGAUGCUGCUAAAGCUCGUGUUUAUAAUGCAACAUCGCCAAUAUUAGUUGUUGAUAAUUUAGUUAAAAAGUUUAACUUAAAAUUUACUGGUGUCCGAGGUAUUAGUUUUACUGUUGCACCAGGUGAAUGUUUUGGUUUACUUGGUGUCAAUGGUGCUGGUAAAACAACAACAUUUAGGAUUUUAACUGGUGAUAUUUUUCCUUCUAAAGGAGAUGCAUAUAUUCAAACAGAUGAAAUUUUCAAACUGAGUUCUUCAUUUGGAAAGUAUAUAUCAAUGAUUGGUUAUUGUCCACAAUUUGAUGCUAUUAAUGAUCAACUUACUGCGGAAGAAACUUUAAGGUUAAUGGCCAUUUUAAGAGGAAUUUCAACAAAUAAUGCUAGUAAACAUGUAAAUAAAUGGAUUAAACUUCUAGGUCUAGAAGAGUAUAAAAAUAAGCAAAGUGGCACAUAUAGUGGAGGAAAUAAAAGAAAACUGAACACUGCUAUGGCUCUUAUAGGAGAUCCUCCUGUAGUAUUUUUGGAUGAACCUACCAGUGGUGUAGAUCCCAUAGCAAGACGUAAUUUAUGGCAACUUUUAGCUGUGAGUCAAAAAGCUGGACAAGCUGUUAUACUUACUUCUCAUAGUAUGGAUGAAUGUGAAGCUUUAUGUAAUCGUUUAACCAUAAUGGUAGAUGGGGUAAUGAAAUGCAUUGGUAGCAUUCAGUACUUAAAAAAUCGAUAUGGACAAGGAUUUACAAUUAUGAUAAAGCUUAUCCAUAAUGGUAAUCAAGAUUUAACUGCUCUAAAAGAAGAUAUAAUGCGUCAAUUUGCUCCAGAUAUUUAUCUAAAAGAUGAACACAAAGGUUUAUUACAUUAUCAUAUUACUAAUCCGAGAGUUCCACUAUCUGAUAUAUUUGGCCACAUGAAAGCAAUUAAAGAAAACCACUCUAUUGUUGAAGAUUACACAAUUAGUGAUACAACCCUUGAGCAAGUAUUCAUAGCAUUUGCAAAAAAACAAGCAAUUUUAAACACAAAUUUAUAAAUUUACAAUUAUUUAUUUUCUAAAGUAUUUAUUAAUAUUUGUGAUAUGAAUUUAUUAAUAAAUUAGUUCCUUUAAUUUCUAGAGUUGACCAAAGUAUCUAUGUUAUUACAAUUAUGAUUUUUUAUUUUAUUAAUAUUUCAGUAAAUAUUUCUAUUUAUUGAAAUUCUCUCAUUUGUUUUUUAUUAAUAAUUUUCAUUGUUAUUAUUUAAGUGAAUUUUUUUUUUUGGUACUUUUUAUGUUUAAAUUUGAGAUAAAAUAUUAACUGUUACUUUAAACAUAUAAAUAUUCAUAUUUUUUACCAAGUGAUUUUAAUAUUUCAAAUUAUGUACUUACAUUUAAUUAUUGCAUAAUAUUUUUUACAUGUCAUUAUUAUUUUC